ACCAAGUACUCGCAAUUUGCCCUAUCCAAUACCACCAGCUUUUAUUACGUUUGUUUUGGAUGCUAGUUGUUUAAACACCAAACAAUUACUAGUCUUGGUAUGCAUUAAAAAAAUGAAAUUGUUUGUAUUAAAUCACUUUUUGAAGGCUAGUGAACAAAAACUUUUUGCUACACCAUUUAAAUGGAUUGUUUAUAACAACGAUCAUGUUGAACUCUCGGCUUUUAUUCAAGAACAUUUCACUGAAAUUAAUAUUUUAGUCGAUAGUGAUGUCACUCUUGCCACCAUAAAUCACACGAGAGACACAUUUGACUUAAAUAAAAUUUACAAGAUAAAAAUUAACAGUUCUGUAAUAAUUGAAAAUAUAGGAAUUUGGAAACGUGGUCAAGGUCUGACUAACACCGGCUACGAAAAAAUCACGUACAAGCGUCGUCGAAAUUUGCAGAAAACAGUCCUGAAAUCAUGCAUUGUGAUCACAAAUAAUGAUUCUUUGAACCACUUGACUGACAAGAGAGACAUUCAUAUCGACAGCAUCGCUAAAGUCAAUUAUGUCCUAGUGCAACAUCUCUCGGAUACAAUAAACGCAUCCUUGGAAUAUUCAGUGAGGGGUACUUGGGGCUAUAAAGAUAACAAGUCCCAAUGGAGUGGCAUGAUUGGGGAAUUGACAAGAAACGAAGCGGAUAUCGGGGGCACAGCCCUAUUUCUUACAAGCGAUCGGAUCAAAAUUAUAGAUUAUAUCGCAAUGACCACCCCAACAAGGUCUAAAUUUAUUUUCCGACAGCCGAAAUUGUCGUAUGUUGCCAAUGUUUUUACUUUACCGUUUGAUAAUUUUGUGUGGGCUUCUGUUUGCGGUUUGCUUGUCAUUAUUGCUAUUAUCUUGUAUAUUGUUGUGAGAUGGGAGUGGAAAAAGCGGAAUUAUGUUGAAGUUGUGAAUGAAUCUAACACUACAGAAAUUCACAAUUCGUGGCUUGAGGUUGUUUUUAUAACAUUUGGGGCUUUGUGUCAACAGGGCACCUCGUCAAUUCCUUUCAGUAUCCCCGGUCGAAUCACUUUAAUUUUCCUCCUGGUGUCCCUCAUGUUCUUGUACACAUCUUACUCUGCAAAUAUUGUCGCUUUGCUACAGUCAUCAUCAAGUAGUAUUCAAACACUUCAAGACAUCCUCAAUUCAAGAUUAGAUGUGGGUGUCGACAAUACCGUUUUCAAUCAUUUCUAUUUCCCCAACGCAACAGAACCGAUCCGUCGCGCAAUCUACCAACAAAAAGUCGCUCCUCCGGGCCAAAAACCCAAAUUUUAUCCCAUAGAAGAAGGCAUAAGGAAAAUGAGACAAGGUUUGUUCGCUUUUCAUGUUGAGACAGGUCCUGGGUACAAAUUUGUCAGCGAAAUUUUCCGAGAAGAUGAAAAAUGUGGGUUACAAGAAAUUCAGUAUUUACAAGUGCCUGAUCCUUGGUUAGCAAUUCAGAAAAAUUCUUCAUAUAAAAAAAUGCUGAAAGUGGGACUUCGUUUGCUUCAGGAAAACGGGAUUCAGGAAAGGGAAGUUGGGUUAAUUUAUACGAAAAAACCGCAGUGUUUAUCGAGAGGGAGUAGUUUUAUCAGUGUGGGGUUGGUUGAUUGUUAUCCGGCUGCCGUUGUCUUAGCUGGGGGGAUUGGGGCGGCUUUGGUGAUGCUCAUCCUUGAAAUAUAUGUCCACCACAGGUUGGAAAAAAAACUUUUUUGUUCUUUUUUAGUGUUACACGAACAUAAUUUUCUUGUUUUGAAAUUGUUUUAGAAUCCAAUACUAUACCAGACGAAGACGUCGAUGAAUUUAUCAAUGGUGAUAAAUGGUGGAGGUGCC